AUGAAGAAAAGAGCGUCCCUGAUUAGACAGCUACAAACGGCCUACAACCCACACCGAAAGUCCACCCUCAUCAAUAGAUUAACACAGGUGGAACGAGAAAUCAAGGCCUCACAUGAAAAACAGCAAAUAGAAGAAGAAAACAAGGCAGUAAGCAACAUCAAAGAAAACCGCAAGUAUUUCUACAGCUACUGCAAAAAAUUCUCCAUAACAAAAUCCAAAAUUGGGCCACUCGAAACACAAAUAGAGAACCCAGCCCACACACUACUGCCAGAAGUGCAAAUAACCACCGGGGACAUAAAGAAGGCCACAAGGGAUCUACGUACAAACUCUGCAGCUGGACCCAACGGAGUGCCAGCUACCCUGCUCCUACACCUGGGAGACAUAACCACCACCCUAGACAGAGCUGUUAUCUCCUCCUUUGCUGACGACACCAACAUCAGCCAGAGCAUCAGCACUCCAGAGGACGUGAACAGCCUACAACAAGACCUCAAUAACGUGUACACAUGGGCCACACAAAACAACAUGAAUUUCAACCAAGAAAAAACCGAGCUACUGAGGUGUGGCCCAAACCAGAACAUCAAAAAUGCAACCAAGCUGUACACAGAGGGAGGACACAAAAUUGUCCCGCAGUCACACGUCAAAUGCCUUGGAGUGCACCUCAGCAGUGACACCACCUUCACGCAUCACAUCAUGACCACGGUGAAGAAGGCCAAGGCCAUGGCAGGCCGGGUCCUCAGAACGUUCAGCUCCAGAGAACCACUAGUCAUGCUCACACUCUGGAAGUCCCUGGUGCAGCCCAUCCUGGACUACUGCAGCCAGCUGUGGUCUCCCCACAAGAAAGGAGACAUCCAGCUAUUGGAAGCAGUACAGAGAUCAUACACCAGGCAGAUUAGUGGCAUGAAGGAGCUGAACUACUGGCACCGGCUUCACAAGCUAGGCUUGCUCUCCCAGCAAAGGAGGAGGGACAGAUACCGGGCAAUUUACACAUGUAAAAUCCUGGAGGGUACUGUCCCUGACCCCACACCGGGAAUGCUGACAGCCCACAUCUCCGGAAGAGCUGGACGAAUGUGUUCAAGAUACGCCCUGCCGACAAGAGCGCCGGGGAAAAUUAGAACACAGCUGGUGGCCAGCCUAGCCCAUGACAGUCCAAAAAUCUUCAACGCACUACCAAAAGAGGUACGGGGAAUCACAGGCUGCUCAGUGGACAGGUUCAAAGCUGCACUGGACAGGUUCCUUAGGGCAGUGCCCGAUGAACCACCAGUGCCAGGCUAUACAGCAGUCUGCAGAGCAGCCUCAAAUUCCAUACCGGACCAAGUGCGGCUGAAGAAGCAAGACGCCAGCAACUUCCAAAACAGCGGUGGACCACCACGACUGUGA